UGUCCGAAAAUUCCCAAUGGCUGCCAACUCAUCGCAAUGUUGAUGAACGUGUGUUGACUUUUGUCGGUCUUUUCUCAGGACUGAGUGUGGUUUUCUCCGCAGUGAUUCGAUAUAAUCACCGUUCUCGCACUUGCGAAUAUGAAGACCGUUAAUCUCGCUGCGUUUGCCGCGGUCUUCCUGAUCGCAUAUGUGGAUGGGAUCAUGUGGUAUUUAGAGCCAAAUUCUCAAAAAUGCUUGAGAGAAGAGGUCCAAGCUAAUGUCCUGGUUACCGGCGAAUACGAAGUGUCCGAAGCACCUGGCCAAAACGUCAACUAUGUGGUCAAAGACUCUAGAGGCCACAUAUUAUCACAGAAGGAAGAUAUACCUCAUGGGAAAUUAUUGAAAUUUUCUUUUGUUACCGAAACACAGGAUACGUUUGAAAUUUGCUUUACGUCGCAUGUUCCGAGUAUUCAACGCGGUAGAAAGCAAGAAGUUCUUCUAAUUACAAAGCGUGGCAUAGAAGCUAAAAGCUAUGAAGGCCUGAUCGGUGAGGCGGCUAAGUUAAAGCCAAUAGAAGUUGAAUUGAAGCGCCUAGAAGAUUUAUCAGAAGCUAUUGUCCAAGAUUUUGUCAGAAUGAGAAAGAAUGAGGAAGAUAUGCGAGACACGAACGAGGCAACGAAUACUCGAGUCCUUUACUUCAGUAUACUUUCGAUGGGUUGCCUUCUAGGUUUGGCUACUUGGCAAGUGAUCUAUUUAAGACGUUUCUUCAGAGCAAAAAAGCUUAUAGAAUAGAUAAAGACUAUUUACAUACGGCAUUGUAACAAGGUCUUCUAAUACUUUGCAAAGACUUUACCGAUUGAAUCCAAGAUAUAAGGAAACGAUAAAGUAUUUUUGCAAGGUGAAAACUGGUAUCAUGCAUUGUAUCGAGAGUAUUGUACAAAGAAACACUCCACCAUCUCUCUCACCAUACCAUCCAAUCUUUUAUAAUGUAUGUGAGUUGAUUGAUUUAAUAAAAACUGGUAAGGACACUAUUUGUAAAACCAAUUAAGUUAUAUAUAUUUAUGUAAGAAGUCGAGUCACUCAGUUGUUUUUGAAUAAAUAAUUGUUAAAUAAGUUUUAAUGAAUCUUGGAAAGUCUGUCAAAAGCCAGCUUUAAAAAUAAGGACGCAAAAUUAUCUGAUGUAUAAUUUCCAUCAUAGUAAUUCUUGUAAUCGAUUUUUCAGUUCGUACUCUGUAUAUGGAUAUUUUGAUUAAUAAUACUGGGAACAUUUUUAUAAA